UAUUCCAAAACCUCCCUCUCAAUCUCUGUUCGGUAGCGUAGAACAAAGGAAGACGCAGGUGUGGAUGGUGUAGACAAAUUUGAAAUUGGAGGGAACAAGCAAAGGAAAAGAAGCGCAUGGCGGUUCCGGCAGAUCCAGCCAUUGACGAAGAAGAGCAGGGUGGUCCAACGCACCACCCUUCCGCUCCGUCGCACGAGUUUUUUUAUUUAUCAACGACAGUUGAUCCCAGUUAUAUAAUCUCCUUAAUAAGGAAGCUUCUGCCUCUGGAUUCUGCUUCUCAGUCUCGGAGUACUUUUAGUGAAGCUGCUUUGAAUGGCCCUAACCAAGGAUCGCUUAACAACGACACAGAAGAUAGGGCUGCGCCCUCUGCUUCUGAUUCUAGUGAUGAAAAGCUUAAAUCACAAAAGAAUAAUUCUGAGAAUAUGGAUGUUGAUGUUUUUUCCGGUGAAUUUUCACACCCUAGAGGUGAAGAUGAAGGUACUGGGGAUGGAUUUGAAGACUCUGGUGUUUCGGUUGGAGAGGAUGCCUGGGAGGAAUAUGGUUGCAUUUUGUGGGAUUUAGCUGCCAGUAAAACACAUGCAGAACUCAUGGUGGAGAAUCUCAUACUUGAAGUUCUUUUAGCAAAUCUCAUUGUUUGCAAAUCAGAGCGUGUUACUGAAAUUAGCAUAGGGAUUGUUGGGAACCUUGCAUGUCAUGAAGUUCCAAUGAAGCACAUAGCCUCAACAAAAGGACUGAUAGAGAUAAUUGUGGACAAAUUAUUUAUGGAUGAUCCUCAAUGCCUAUGUGAAACAUGCCGAUUGUUCACCGUGGGUCUUCAAAGUAGUGAAUCUAUUACAUGGGCUGAGGCGUUGCAGUCUGAACAUAUACUACGUCAAAUUUUAUGGAUUGCAGAAAAUACAUUGAACCUUCAGCUUUUAGAAAAGAGCAUUGGGCUUAUUUUAGCCAUAUUAGAAAGUCAGCGGAAAGUUGUGGACGUUCUUCUUCCACCUAUGAUGAAGCUUGGUUUUACAAAUAUAUUGAUCAGUCUCUUGACUUUUGAGAUAAGCAAAUUAAAGAAUGAAAGAAUACCUGAAAGGUACUCAAUUCUUGAUUUAAUUCUUCGUGCACUUGAAGCCUUUUCUGUUAUGGAUGAUCAUUCUCAGGAAAUUUGUUCAAGUAAAGAGCUCUUUCAACUAAUAUGUGAUCUGGUUAAGUUUCCAGAUAAAGUCGAGCAGGUUGGGAACUGCUGUGUUACUGCUGCAAUUCUUAUUGCAAAUAUGUUGUCUGAUGUUUCUGAUCAUGCUUCUGAGAUAUCCCAGGAUUGGAGCCUCUUAGGUGGUCUGCUUGAUAUAUUCCCUUUUGCUUCGGACGAUGCAGAAGCAAGAAAUGCUCUCUGGAAUGUAAUUGCUAGGAUUUUGGUUAGAAUUCGGGAAACUGAAAUGAGCCCUUCAAGUUUAUAUCACUAUGUUUUAGUUCUUGUCGGGAAAAUUGAACUGAUUGAAGAUGAGCUUCUCAACCAACAAGUUGACUCUGGUCAUGAACCAGAAAGCCUGUCUUCUCCCGGCUCAACAGCGGAUGCUAGAAAUACAUCUCUUGGGAGGAUAAUUAGCAUUCUUAAUCAUUGGACUGCUGCAAAGGAGAAAGCUGAGAAUAAUGUGAUUGCUGAAGUUCCCGUCAGUGAGACAGACGUGAAAAGAAUGUUGGAUUGCUGUCACAAAUUUUCAAAGUAGAAUUUAUCUUGUAAAUUACAGUUGUUCAUAGAAUCUUUGAUAAAUGUACCUUCAGAUGCUGUAUUGUAUUUGCUUGUUCUGCCCUGUUACAUUUAGGUAUACAUGGCUAUCAUUUUUGACAUUG